GCCAGACCCUGUCUCAGAAAGAUUAAAAAAAAAUUCCAGGUCAAAUAUGAACUACCUCAGAAGCCCAAUUUAGUUAUUUUCCUUAAGAGAUUUACAGUACAAUUGAAUAAAAAGAAAAAACUGCAAAUAUGUUCGGCUUGACAUGAUGGUGUCAGUAUCUUCCAAUACUAUUUCUGAAACUUUCCCUAAAUUUCAGCAAAGUAAAUAAAUCGCUUACCACCAUGUUGAAGCUCUGCGGGGAGGUUGUGUAAGAGGCAGGAAGGGAUUUAAGAGAUCUUUCCUACCCAAACAUAGAGAACUCACCGGGUCCUGUCCAAGCUAAUGACUGCUGUGUUGUGUUCCUUCGUCUUUUCCAGUACCGACCACCCGGCGGACAGGAUGGAUUGGGGUGCACUCCACACUAUCCUGGGGGGUGUCAACAAAUACUCCACCAGCAUUGGGAAAAUCUGGCUCACAGUCCUCUUCAUCUUCCGCGUCAUGAUCCUGGUGGUGGCCACAAAGGAGGUGUGGGGAGACGAGCAGUCCGAUUUUACCUGCAACACCCUCCAGCCUGGCUGCAAAAAUGUUUGCUAUGACCACUACUUCCCCAUCUCUCACAUCCGCCUGUGGGCCCUGCAGUUGAUCUUCGUGUCCACGCCGGCACUCCUGGUGGCCAUGCACGUCGCCUACCGGAGGCACGAGAAGAAAAGGAAGUUCAUUAAGGGAGAAAUGAAGAGUGAAUUUAAGGACAUCGAGGAGAUCAAAAAUGAGAAGGUCCGCAUAGAAGGGUCCCUGUGGUGGACCUACACCACCAGUGUCUUCUUCCGGGUCAUCUUUGAAGGCGCCUUCAUGUACGUCUUCUACAUCAUGUACAACGGCUUCUUCAUGCAGCGCCUGGUGAAGUGCAAUGCUUGGCCUUGUCCCAAUACGGUGGACUGCUUUAUUUCCAGGCCCACGGAGAAGACUGUCUUCACUGUGUUCAUGAUUGCCGUGUCUGGCAUUUGCAUCUUGCUGAACGUCGCAGAAUUGUGUUAUUUGUUCAUUAGGUUUUGUUCCAGAAAGUCCAAAAAACCAGUUUAGCAUUGCUCAGCUGUAGAUAAGAGAUUGCAUAAAAGGAUGAAGCAACCUGUGCUUAGCUGUCAAGGAUCAGUCACCAGCAUUUGCCAAGACAAAGAUUCCCAUUUUAAAUUCAACUACUGGAACCCCCAGGCCUUCCAUGAACCCCAGCGCCUGCAAUGGGGCUCCUUGCUCCCAGGCCCCCAAAACAAAGGCUAAGUCUAUGACUGUGUUAAUUUUUACUAAAGUUAGUUCCGGUGAGACCCGAGCUGGUAGGGGUUAUUGGUGUAAGAUACUUUCUUAUUUGAAAACAAGCCCAGCGUCAUUUGUUUCUGUUUCUCUGAGGACAGCAUGUGCAGGCCGGGUCCUCUAGAUGUUGAAAAAGCUCCAGUGUCCCCUUUAGACAUACUGUGCAGGUUCCCCCAGUUAAAGGUAAACACAGAAUCAUGGUUCUUUUAUUUGCUUAAGAAGUCGUAAUCUGUAACAGUGGACAAAGUUACCUAACGCUUCGAUCACUGCUGUGCUUUUUUUAUUUUUUAUUUCUACUUUUUUUCCGGUACUGGGAAUUGAACUCACGACCUCGCACUUGCCAGGCAGGCACUGUGCCACUGACCUAAAUCCCCAGCCCCCGCUGUGCUUUUUUUAAAUGAAAACUUUAAAAUAAGACAGGUUCCUUUGAUCCGAAGAUGUUCUGAAAACCAUUGUACACUCUUCCUGUGUCAGUCUGAGAUGAUGAUGUGUAAAUGGUACAUGAUUAGAUCCUCUAAUUUAAUUUAAAGGAUGACCUUGUCACUAUGGGUAAUUCGCAGACUGGCUGUGUUAAUAACCACAGUGUAUUAUUGCACACACCCUCGAAGCUGCUCUGAAAUGAGACAAACUAGAAGGUCCUCGUGACAGCUUAGGAGAGCAAACGCCCUCAUUUCAAAACUGCAAGUGUCGUUUUAUAUCAGAAAUACAAACUGUAUUUACCACCAGCUGCAGCCUGCAAUGAGGUGACCCCGUGCCACACCCUCUUCCUUUCCAGCGUUGCCCUCCCCAUUGCUAUGGGACGUGGUACCCAGCAUCAGAAGGAAUGGGAUGUGAAGAGGGUGCUCGGGGGUGUUUCUGCCCUGGUGCAGCUUAAUGGUGCAGAACCAAAGCGGGUGGGGCAGGAGGAUUUGCUGCUUUCAGAGAAGAUGGAAAAAGACUCUAAAUUCUGUUGAUUAAAAAUGAGUUUUUUCUACUUUGAAA